CACCAGAGCCUGUUCUGGGCAGUUCUUCUCUGUCCAUUCUGACACAGUGUCCUCCUGUCGGGGAGAACAGGACAUCUCUUUGAUUAGACCUGAAGUCCCCUACACCCUCAGCCCCUCCUCAGGAUGGAGGUAGGGCCCAGCUGCCAGCCCCAACGUGGACUCUACCUGCUGCUGCUUCUGCUGGCUCUGCCACUCAGGAGCCAGGCCAGCACCAGCUGCUAUGGGAUCCCAGGGAUGCCAGGCCUGCCGGGGGCCCCUGGGAAGGAUGGGCAUGAUGGAAUCCCAGGGCCCAAGGGUGAGCCAGGAAUCCCAGCCAUCCCUGGGACACGAGGACCCAAGGGUCAGAAGGGCGAACCUGGCAUGCCUGGCCAUCGUGGGAAAAAUGGCCCCAUGGGGACCUUCGGGCUUCCAGGGGAUCCAGGCCCCAGGGGACCUCCCGGGGAGCCAGGUGAGGAGGGCCGAUACAAACAGAAACACCAGUCAGUGUUCACAGUCACCCGGCAGACUGCCCAGUACCCAGCGGCCAAUGGCCUGGUCAAGUUCAACUCUGCCAUCACCAACCCUCAGGGGGACUAUGACACUAGCACGGGCAAGUUCACCUGCAAAGUGCCUGGCCUGUACUACUUCGUCCACCACACAUCACAGACGGCCAACCUAUGCGUGCAGCUGUUCCACAACGGUGUCAAGGUGACCAGCUUCUGCGACCACAUGUCCAAUAACAAGCAGGUCAGCUCAGGAGGAGUGCUCCUGCGGCUUCAGAAGGGCGAUGAGGUGUGGCUGGCCGUCAACGACUACAAUGGCAUGGUGGGCACUGAGGGCUCUGACAGCGUCUUCUCAGGCUUCCUGCUGUUUCCUGACUAGAGUGGCAAGCUGGCUCCAGCCCCCAUCCCCCCACCCCCUCCCUCUGCUUCUUCCAUCUUCAUUCAGACCCUUCUACACCGCUGACCUCUUCCUCCAGGAAGUCUGCCUGGCUCCUGAUGCAUCAGCCGGCUGACUCCUCUGAGCUUCUCCAGGAACCACCUACUGGUACCAUUCCUGUGGCAGUUUACCAAUACCUUGAGACUGUUUGUUUGUUUUUCAGAUGGGGAGAUACAUAAAUAAAUAGAUCACUAAAUA